CGACAAACCUGCAACCGCGAUGAGCGACGGAGCCCCACCGCCGCGCUUGACCAAAGCCGAGAGCACGGUGGAUGGAAGUGCGUCUCGAUCGACUCUUCAACCGACCUGGAGCUCGUCCAUGCGACGAACCUCCCUCCAACGAUCCGAGUCUGACGUGUACCUGCAAACCCAUCAUGCAACGCUCGCGCAACCAACACAUGUCAUGGACCACAAGACCGAAAAGCAAUUUGCUGCGGAAAUGCGCCAUGCACUGGGGAUCGUUGACAAAUUCUUUGGCUCGUCCGUCUUGCUAGACCAUUCGAUUCCCCGCGAGCUCCUCCUCGAAGCGCAAGGCUUGGUGUUCCUCACGGUGUACAAGUUAGGGUUCCUCGUGUCUGGGAAAGGCGGCAAGGGUUUUGUCAUUGCCCGCACUGCCAACGGCUGGUCCGCGCCUGCCUUCGUUGGCAGUGGUGGUGUCGGUUUUGGGAUGAUGGUGGGCGGUGAAGUUGUCCAUUACAUUGUCAUUUUGAGCUCACGCAACGCCGUCAAAACCUUUACGAGAAAUGGCCAAGUCCAGGUCGGCUCCGAGUUGGAUCUCGCCGUGGGGCCGCUGGGUCGUGCCGCCGCCGCGAGUCUGAAUGUUGGAAGGGGCGGGAUCGCCCCCAAUUACUCGUAUUCGCACUCAAUGGGUUUGUACGGGGGGAUCGGGCUCUCCGGUGCCGUGAUUGUGUCGCGCAAGACGUUCAACGAUAAAUGUUACGGUCCCCACGUCCGCGUCAAGUCAAUUCUAGCGGGAGAGGUGGCAUGUCCACUGGCCGUGCCGCUCUGGGAAGCCUUGGAUUCCGUGUUGAACAUCAAGCGCGAGUACAUCAACGGCAUGCCCGCUCCCAACCAGCGCGAAGCCAUCUGUCACGAAUGCGGCCAUGCCAACAAGACCGGCGCGCGAGUCUGCGAGCGGCUCGAGUGCCAGACUCUGCUUGUAUUCUCUGCAGGCGUCCAUUCGGGCAAACGAAGCGUUGGGAAGCUCAUUAUCUCGCAAGGCAUGCUGCACUAACAUGAUCAUGACGACUCAUGCUAUAAAAUGAUACAGGACGACCCACAUUUUGAUAAAAUUUCACAUUUUGAUAAAAUUUCAAGUUAUGAAACAGGUUGUAUAAUUAUUGGG